UCGCUGUUGUUCCUAUGGCACAGCCCUCGGUGUUUUAGAAGCCGUUAGUGUUCUGAAAGUUACUUGUUGCUUUCUACUCACGUUGAGGAGCCAGUGAGUGUAGAAGAUAUGACUUCCCGAGGGCAGAUGGUGCCUCACCAAUCUGGUGGCCUUCUAUGAUGGAGUGACAGCAUCGGUGGACAAAGGAAAGCAACUGAUGUCAUCUACCUGAGCAUGUGCAUUGACGUCAUCCUACACCACAUCUUUAUCUCUGAAUGUACAAUUGUUAAAGUGAACCAUGAGUCUUGAAUUGCAUGAUCUGCUUAUAUGUUGUCAUCGCCUUGAAAAUGAGAGAGCUACAGAACGAAGGAAUGAAAUUGAAAAUUUCAAGCGACUCCUCCGUGAUCCUGAAACAGUUUUCCAGCUGGAUCGGAAUUCCGAUUCUAGGAAAGGAAACCAACUCAACUGGGAUGCUGUGUUCAGUGUCCUGAAGAAAUAUUUCCAGAAGGAAAUGGAAAACCUCAGACUGACAAAACCAAAUGCAUCUGCUUCAACGCAGACUUCCAAACAAAAAAGGAUGCAGGAGAUUGGCAGUUUAGUCAAAUAUUUCAUCAGGCGUGCUAAUCGAAGAGGACCCAGACUGGAAUGUCAGGAACUUCUGAACUAUGUUGUGCAUAUUGUAAAAGAUCCAGCAAGUUGUGCUGCUUAUGGAUCUGACUGUAGUAGUAUACUCCUAAAGGAUAUCCUCUCAGUAAGGAAGUACUGGUGUGAGAUAUCCCAGCAGCAAUGGCCAGAUCUGCUGAUACUGUAUGGAAAAUUUUACCUCACACCUUCUGGGAAGAUGAAUAGAGUCUUGGUGGCCAGGAUAAUUCACACACUGAUGAGGGGAUAUUGCUUCCAAACUGAUGAGUUGAGAUCUGAUGUGUUCAGCUUUUUUUCAACAGCAAUGCAGUAUGUGAGGCAGGAGAGAAAUACUGCAGGCCUGGAUCACAUUAUUGCAGCAAUGAAUAUCUUCUUUAAUACAUUUGCCGUAAACUGUCGCAAACGGAUUUGUAAAAUUGGGGAAGAAAUUUUGCCUACAGUGCUUUAUAUAUGGACUCAAUAUAGGCCAAAAGAUUCCUUGAAGGAAUCAAUAAUUGAGUUAUUUCUUCUCCAAGUUCAUAUUCAUCAUCCGAAGGGUGCGAAGUCUCAGGAAAAAGGUGCAUAUAACUCAGCAAAGUGGCAAAGUAUCCUACAUAACCUGUUUGAUCUGCUGGUGAAUGAAAUAAAUAUCAUAGGUAGUAGAGGAAAGUAUUCUUCAGGUUCACGUUCUGUUGCUGUAAAGGAAAGUUUGAUUGAGUUAAUGGCUGAUAUUUGUCAUCAGGUGUUUACAGAGGAUACCAAAGUUCUGGAAAUCACCCAGUCGUACAGCAUUACACAGUCAGGUGGUGAUGCACUACCAAGCAAGCGCAGGAGGAUUGAGCUCGGCUGGGAGGUAAUUCGAGACAACCUGCAAAGAUCACAGAAGGAUUUCCAUGUUGUACCUUGGUUACGGAUUACAGCUCAAUUACUAUCAAAAUAUCCCAUGAGUUUUCCUAACUGUGAGCUACCUCCCCUGCUCAAUAUCCUGCACCAGUUACUGCCUCAUCAGCGACGAGGAGAAAGGACCCCCUAUGUGCUGAAGUGUCUUACGGAGGUAGCUUUGUGCCAAAAUCAGAAAACUGAUUUGAAGAGCACCCACAAGUUAGAGCUCCAGAGGACAUGGUCAAAGAUUUGGUCUCUUACUAUUCGUAGUAUAAGUUUUCAGCAAAUUGAAACAGAGAUCUUUGGAUUACUUGGAGCUAUGAUUCAAGGGAAUCUUGUUGUGACAGAUAAAGAACUCUGGAAGAUAUUUUCAGGAUCUGCAUGCAAGCCUUCAAGUUCUGCAGUAUGUUGCUUAGCAUUAGUGAUGUCUGCUUACUCAGUGCCAGAAAAUUUGGAUGUAGGAUUGGAACAGAAUAACUGUGAAAGACAUUUGGAUUCUAUCUUAAAGGAUGCAAUAAUGAAAUGGGUACUUCCUUGCAAUUUGGAGGAAGAAAUGGAAGAAUGUUCAGAAUUGCCUCCUGUGCUCUGCAGUGAUUUCCCUCAUCUUACAUUACAAAAAAUUCUUGUGAGCCUUACAAUGAAGAACAGUAGAGCUGCCAUGACAUUUUUCCAAAAUGAUGCUAAAUGUGUGCAGCACUUACAGGGGAAAGAAGAAAACAGUGUUUUGGAUGUUGAAGAGCUGUAUCUGCAGACAACAUUUGAUGAAAUGGAUAUUUUCACUAACUUUGCAGUGAAUGUUGCAGAUAAAAAUGUGACUAGUUCAAGACUUGUUAUCAACCAAAGUCUUAGGGAAACACUGGAGUGCUGUCUUUUAGCAAUGUCAGAAAAGCUUUUAAGUAGCUAUUCUCCUAAGGUAAGUUAGAACAUAACUCUUACA